AUGGCGGCCACCAGUUGGCGGUGUGACAAGGCCGAGCGGCUCACGUGCUGUGGCCAAGCGGGCGGAGUGAAACACGGAGAGUGGAUCGCCAACAUGGCCAGAGUCAAUCCCCAAUCAAUGCCAAACUCCCCUUACGAGGGUGCUUGCUCAACUCCUGUUCCUGCUACACGUCGUGAUUGGCAUCUUCGACAUACCGUGUUCCAAACUUUCUUGCGAUUCGCCUUUGACGGCUACUUUACGACCCUCGUUGCUCUCACCUUGCAGGGCGCCCUGCUGCUCUCUUCCGCCUUCCUCCGCAUUAUCUUUCACCCCUCGUCUCAACCGCUCGAUACCCCCACCAUUGGCUGA